UACAACCACGAAUUUGUAUAAAGCAGACAAGAUAACCGACGCCACCUUUGAACUUUACUAGACACCGAUUAAAAUUACAAGAUGACCACAAAUGAAAAUAAUGAUAACAAUAACACAGAAACUUUAGAGGAGACAACAACAGUUCAACAGCAGCCGCCUUCUCCUACUCCUUCAAACUCUUCUUCUACAAGUACUACCAAAAAAGAGAAAGAUAGCGGAAGUUCAAAUAGUAGCGUUGUAGGGGGGAAAUCAGCGAAGAAUGUACCUAGUUCUACACCGGCAAUAAAUAUUUUUUCAAAUGAUGGAAGUUUUUUGGAUAGAUUCAAAAAAAUGAAAGCUGAAGAAGAUGAAAAAAAGAAACAACUUGAAGCUUUAGAAAGAAAGAAGGCUUUUGAGGAUCGUAUUAAAAACCGUGGAAAACGUAAGAGUCAACCUACGGACGAAGAACCGGAUGCUAAACGCGUUAUUCUAGAAGACGAUGAACGUGAAGAAGCGUUAGAUCCAAAGGCCAAUGCAUAUUUAAAGGAAAUGCAAAAAUAUAAUGAAAGAUUGUGUAAAGAUGACGCAGGUCACGUUCGUCCGUUGGUGAAAUAAAAUGAUAAUGUAUUUAUGAUUCACUAUUGCUGAAAGGAAAAAUCCACGCAAUAUAAAGCCUUAUUCAAGAAGUUAAAAAGAGGUUAUUUGAUUUUUUUCUUCGAUAAUCAUCUUUUUUCAAGAUAUUUAGUUUAGUUAAUUUCAUAUAUUUAGGAUAAUUAAGAUAAAAAAUGUAAUUUGGAAAAUAUAUACGUAUAUAUGUAUAUAUACUGGAAGAUGUAUUAGCAGUUUAUUUCAAUCAGUCUUCAUUUAGUUUCUAUAUAAACAUUCUUCUUAAUACAUUUC